GGAGGAGCGGCGGAGGUGUGUGGGUGGCGAUGGCGGAGAGGGGGCUGCCCGGGCUGGAGGCCCAGCGGCGGCAGGUAGAGGGAGAGGGGCCGGGCCAGCCCGGGAGGAAGAGACCUCUGGGAGCGGGAGAGAAGUGGUAUUUGCUGGAAAAUCAUUGGUACAAGCAGUGGAAAGUUUAUGUGGAAUCUGGAGAUCAGAAUUCAAAUGCUUUCCCUGGACGGAUCAACAAUGCUGAACUCUUUGAAGAUUUGGAGUCUUACCGGUUGAAGGAUAGACUGGUAGAACAUGAAGAGUACAUUCUGGUGCCAGAGGAAGUGUGGGACAAGUUGGUGAGCUGGUAUGGCAUUGAACAUGGCCAGCCAGCCAUUGAACGAAAGGUGGUAGACCUUCCUAGCAUGCAGAAGGUGGAGGUUUACUUAGUGGAGCUGUACCUCUGUCAGCACAAUGAUGUAGACAACCAUGUGGUCGCUCAAUUUAGCCGGAUGGAUACCAUUGAUACAGUGCUAAAAGAGGCCCGGAAUCAGUUUUCAGUUCCAGCAGAAGAUGAAUCAAGACUCUGGGUGAAAAAUGCUGAUGGCUCCUAUGAGAGAUUGUGAUAAUGGAGAUCAGGAGUAAAGACGGUACUUGGCCCAGUUCCAGACCACAUAUCAUGAAGAAUUCCAUUGAUGAGGAAGAGCGGUACCAGGGCCAGCCAGGGAUUUGUGGCCUUACCAA